AUGCAAAAUUGUGUUGACUAUCUACCUCGAAAGAGCUUCAAUACUUAUGGUGUUGUUUUUCUCACGUUAUUCGGGUUGUUUGCUGUCGUAGUUAUCAGCAUCUCGGGUUCUUUAACCUUCGAUACAUCAUUUCAUUGUUAUGACGAGACCAUUUCGAAGAGGGCGAAUCUUGCUCUAACAAAAGACAUUAACAUAAAAUGUUCUCUCGAGUAUCAAGAGAGAUUCCUCUUUAUCCUGCCUAUGUAUGCUAUGUUCAUCGUACAUUUUGGCAUCGUUUUUGUUGUGAGUAUAAUCUAUGCAUACUUGGUGAAACAUCGCGUUAAAAAAUUUGAUUAUUCGAUCGGAACGGCAACUUCCAGUAAUGAUGACGAUGAAAAUCAAACGAUGCGGUCCUCGUCAAGUCCCGUUCAAAACCCGAGUGAUGUUCGUGAAUGUUUGAGUCAUUUUUCAACAUUUUGUAUUUAUAUUAUUCAUUUGUUCAUCGCUCGUAUAAUUCCGUUGUUGACAUUUGCUCUUUGGAUAUUUUACCCAGCUCAGUUUCCUAACAAUUUCAUGUGUCCAUGGCGGCCUGAAAUGAAAGGGAAAAGCACUUACAGUUUUAAUGAUACGGGUAAUUCACAACAUAAUUUAACCUUUAUUGAAUGUACAAAUCCCAUCGGCGGAAAAAGUAAAACCUUGAUCCACAUCGUUGCAACAGUGGAUGUUUUUUUCGUGACAGUGACCUUUUUGGAACUUUGCUACAUCGCGUGGUUGACUUUCAAUGACAGGGAUCUCAUGACCGACCAAGAAUUUUGUGUGGUGUACUUGUUGAGAAAGCGAAAAAGAAUUAGAAAAUUGGUGAACAAAGUUCGAGAUAGAUUCGGUUCUGAUGAUGAAGAGGUCUUUCAAUUAAAAGAUGAUUUUGGUGGUACUCAAAUUUCCAUGCGACCUCUUGAAGAUAUAUAUGUCAAUGUCGUCAUUCAAGACGGGAGAGAACACAUGAACGCUUAUCCAAGCGAAUUUGAAAGGCAUGCAAUUUACCAAUGCCAUCUCAAAGCCCCAAGCACAGUUACUAAACUUACAAAUACAGCUAAUAUAUUAAAAGCAAAACAUGGCGAACAGAAGCAGACGUAUCCACGGACCAUUCUUGUUAUAGGGCGGCCAGGAAUUGGUAAGACCAUGCUAACAAAGAAGCUUUUACACCAAUGGAAAGUGAAAGAAGACGAGUUCUGGCAUGAGAAAAUGGUAAUCUUGCUUCAAUUUCGUACAUUUAACAACAAAAACAUUACUCUUCGAGAAAUGUUGGCUUACGGUGAAGGAUUCUCACCAGAUGACUUUGAAACUGUGUAUAAUUCGAUAUUGUCAAACCCAAUUAAAACCGUGCUGAUUUUUGAUGGAAUGGACGAGCUUAAUGUUGACAACCAGCUUGUGGAUGCAAAGAUAAAGGCAAUUAAUGAUCUGGAUGAAAAGAUGCCAGUGUUUAUAAUUUUGAAAAAAUUGUUGUGUGGUAAAUUGCUACCUGGUGUGACAGUAUUGACCACGUCACGACCAACGGCACAACGUGUUUUUCAAAGGCUCAAAUUUGACAGAACAGUGGAAAUUUUGGGGUUUUUUGAAGAGCAAAUUAAAGAAUAUGUUUUCAAAUUUUGCGAGAAUAACACUACCAGUGAACUGAUUUGGAAUGAAAUCAAAGAAUCGGCCGAAUUGCUCAGCUUGUGUUAUAUACCUGUUAAUAGUUAUAUCGUUUGUUUAACUUUGAAGGAAAGCCUUGAAACUGACGAAAGCGGGGCACAACUUCCCAAGCGUUUACACAGGAAUAUUCCAAAAACUAUGACUGAACUGUACAAAAGAGCAGUAAAAGUUUUACUGUAUCGACACCAUCCAGUAUACAAGUUGCAACCAAGACCGAUUGAUUAUCUUAUCACCCCUUUUCCCAAAGAACUCGAAACUGACUUGAUGAAGCUAAUGGACAUUGCGAAAAGUGGAAUUAGUCAGGACAGGUUAAUUUUUGAGCGAACGACUGGAGAUGAAUUUGGCGACCUGGCCAAUUGUGGCCUUUUCUACCAAUUACCAGACAAACGGCAGAACUUUUUUUGUUUUCUACAUUUGACCCUGCAGGAGUUUCUUGCUGCAUCAAAGGUGGUUGAUGAUAUGGAUAACGUUGAGCAGUUUUUGGCGACUAAUAUUAAAAAUCCCAAGUGGCAUUUGGUAAUACAGUUUGUCGCUGGCUUAAUUGGAGAUAGCAUUAAAGAAGUUAAGAUGGCAGAUAGGGGCGUAACAAGUGAUGAAUCUAAGAGCCAAAAAUUCGUUGCUGAUAUUCAGAAAAGGUAUUAUAUUUUCCGUAUAGUAUAUGUAUCAGUACAAAUCUGAACGAAAACAGGUUCAGAUUUUUAGUUCGGACCUAGCUUGCGUAGCAGGCGUUUGGUGUGGGCGGAAGAAGAGAGAGCGUCGUCGAGGAAACUAGGCCUUAAAAUAUUGGUCGGUCACGGACAUUGUCCGAUCCACUCGUGAAAUUGUGCGACGUAGAGAGGAAACCACCGGACAUUCUGUCCGACCUAAGUGAAACUGAGGUUUAUUGUUUGUCCCGGACCCGAGUGCAUUUGUGUCCGACCGAACUGUAGCUUUGUCCAACGUAAAUCAAAAUGUACCCUAGCCCAGGACUAGAGACUUGUAUUUUAAAUGGAAAAUCAGAGUGCUAUUGUAUAAAAAGUGAACUGGAAAUUUUGUUUUAACGUAGUUGAGCAUGGGGAGGCGAGCGAUAUGGUGAAGUGGAAAACGGGCUUAAGUUGUCGAAAUCUUUUUAAUACUGCUGUUCUGGAAAGCAAGUUAAUUUUAGCUUGGAAAUAAGUAUGAAAGAAACAAAUUAUUUAAUAUCUUCACCACAUUUACCCUUCAGAAUUAAUACAGUACAUUGUGCUGAUAUUUAUUUGUGUCAUUCAGAGUUAUUUCCGAGUCAAAACUGAACUGGAGGUGAUCGGACAUAUGUCCGACGCCAACUCAACGUCAUCGGGCAUUUUGUCAAACGGCCCUGUAAAAGAUAUUUUAAGGCCUGGAAACGCCUACCCAAAUGGCUAUGACUAAUGUGUUUUCGUCCAUUAAGGCUACCUCGUUCCCAGGCUCUUCUUUCUUGUUUGUAAUUGGCAUCUUCAUGCACGGUUCACCAAUUAUCCAAUCGUAGCCGAGAUUUUUAUUUAGGAUCAUGCAUAUUUUGUGCUCGGCAACUAGGGACAUUUUAUGCUAUUUUAGACAACGCAGAGCUUUUAUCCUUUAAAAAGUUCCUGAGCUACGGUUGUUUAACGUAUUUUGCGCAGCAAAUAACAGUUGAGCAUGUAAAAACGAGCAUGUAAAAACGUAGCGAGGAAAUAUUUUUUAAAAAGAUAAAGUAAAAUUAAAAUAUCUUACUUUGAUAAACAGUCAAACAGAUACAACGUGUGCUAUUAUACUUUGUGCCUUAGAUCUUCGCUUUCUAAAUUAGCAAAGUAUUGCCUUUUUUUGUAACGGUUCUUCGGCGUUGCGGGACGUUUUUCAACUUUUUUCAAAAUUAAAUGUUGUUUGAAUUUUGUAUUUUAAACUUCCGCGCAACAGGAAUAUACAGAAAUAUAUAUUUUCGUGCACGAAAAGUAAGGAUGUUCCAAAUAGGAUGUUUUUGUUUAUUUAGAUUUGAAGAAUGGGCCUUCUUAUUAGGAAGUGCUGAAAGUAACAAAAACGAAAUUGCUUUGCUUGGGAUAAAGUGUCUGUAUGAAUUGCAAGAUGUUGAUAUCAUGAAGUCAGUUUCCAGAAAAUGUUUGGCUAAAGGAGAUGGAGAACUGCACUUGAUGUCCUUAGAUAUUGCACCAGUCAAUUCUGCACCAUUGUUCGAGUUUAUAGGUAAUAGGAAGAAUUUAGAACGUCUUCAAUUUUAUGAUUGCACAAUACAGGGUAAAUAUGGCUACCAUAAAAUGGAAAAAUUGUUAUUUAGCACUCCAGGUAACACUAUUACCUCCUUUUCUUGGUGCUUUGGGAAUUUAACCGAUGAAGGUGUUAAAUAUCUAAGUAAUGCGUUAACAGGUGAGCGUUGUAAACUUACUAAAUUAGAACUUAGAGCUGCUGGGCUAACAGAUCAAACUGCUAAAUAUCUAAACGAUGCUUUAAAAGAUGAACGUUGUAAACUUUCUGAAUUAAAGCUAGAAGGUAAGAACAUAACCGAUCAAUCUGUUCAAUAUCUAAGCGAUGCUUUGAUAAAUAAAAAUUGUGAACUUACUAAAUUGUAUCUUGUUAAAACCAUGAUUGGAAAUCAAGGUGUUACAUAUCUAGGAGAUGCUAUUGAAAGUGAAAGUUGUAAGCUAACUGAAUUAAGUUUGGACUGUAAUUUAUCAAUAACAGAUCAAGGGUUUAAAUAUUUAUGUGAUGUUCUUAAAAGUGAAAAUUGUAAAAUUACCAAAUUAGAUUUAAGCAACAAUAGAAUGGGAAAUGAAGGAGUUCAAUGUUUAAGUAAUGCAUGUAAAAAUGAAAAUUGUAAACUUACCGAAUUGAACCUCUGGAGUAAUAAAAUAACAGAUCAAGGUGUUGAAUAUCUUACUGAAGCAUUAACAAGUGAAAAUUGUAAACUUGUUAUUUUGACCCUCGGUUAUAAUAAAGUAACAGGUCAAGGUGUUGAAUAUUUUAUUAAAGCAUUAAAAAGUGAACAUUGUAAACUUCUUGAAUUGAACCUCCGUGAUCAGGAAAUAACAGAUGAAGGUGUUGAAUAUAUUUGUGAAGUUUUAAAAAGCGAAAAUUGUAAACUUGUUAAAUUGGACGUGGAUUAUAAGAAAAUAACAGAUCAAGGUGUUGAAUAUCUUUGUGAAGCUUUGAAAAGCGAAAAUUGUAAACUCAAAGAAUUGUACCUCUAUUCAAAUAAAACAACAGAUCAAGGGCUGGAAUAUCUGUGUGAAGCUUUAAAAAGUGAGAAUUGUAAACUUGUUAAGUUGGAUCUCGGUCGCAGUGAAAUAACAGAUCAAGGUGUUGAAUAUCUUAGUGAAGCUUUAAAAAGUGAAAACUGUAAACUUAUUGAAUUGAAUCUCAAACUAAAUAAGACAACAGAAAGUUUCAAGUAUUUUAGUGAAGCUUUAAAAAGUACAAAUUUUAAACUUAGUGAGUUGAGAUUCGGUAUAAAUAGAAUAAUAAGGUGUUAA